CACUGAUAGGUGGCACUGACUGGCAUCACUGCUGGGCACUGACUGGUGGCACUGGUGGGCACUGGCUGGCACAACCGCUGGGCACUGACUGGUGGCACUGCCUGGCAGCACUGCUGGGCUGCACUGAUGGGCACUGGUGGGUGGCACCGGUGGGCACAGGUGGGUGGCACAGGUGGGUGGGCACAGGUGGGUGACACUGGUGGGCACAGGUGGGUGGGCACAGGUAGGUGGCACUUCUGGGCACAGGUGGGUGCACUGCUGGGCACAGGUGGGCGGAACUUGCGGGUGGCACUGCUGGGCACUGAUCAUCAGGGCACUGAUCAUCAGUGCCCUGAUGAUCGGUGCCGAUCCCUGCUCUAACAACUGCCGGCAGUUCUCGGCAGUACUUUCCUCACGAUCUGACAGCGUGAGGAAAGUGCAGCCGAGAACGGGCAAUUGCAU